UCCCAGCGCUGCCACACAUGCGAACAUACGAUACACGUAAAUGCUUACUUUAGCCUUAUUUCGCGUUAAUGAAACGGAAUGUGAGGUAUUUCUAGGGUUGAAUAAUUAAGUGGUCAUGGCUUAAAAAGGGGUUGUGAGGGGGAAGUAAAUGGGGUCAAGCGCAGAGAAGCAGAGCUCUGGCAACGAGGUCUCAACAGCCAGACGGAAACAAGCAAUUCGCGAAGAUAAAAAAAAAAAGCACGUCGGUCCUCUUGCAUGAAAAAGUGGACAUACAUAAAAUAAAUAACUUAUUCUAAAGCCUUUAUUUUGGCGUCCUUUAUGGAAAAACGGGAAUUGGCUCAUCUACAUUUAAGAUCCUGUCGACUGAAUAUGUGUUUGACGUGGGCGAGGUGAGGUCAGUUGACAAAGCGGUGAGUUUAGAGAUCGGUCAGCGACGGAGGAACGGGCAGAUGGCUCAUCAAGGGCACGCUGAGACGGACGGGCUCUGAGUUCACCUUAUGAGGGUGUGUGUGUGCACCCCAUGCUGAAUGAGCACCUGUUAUCGCUUUCGAGGCGGAUUAGGUGGCUUUAGUUUCACGACGACACCAGUCUUGACAAAAGUCCGUUUUGUAGUGCUCUCUUUUGGAGAUCCGUAUCACUGCGCGCUUUUUAUCCACAACUUCAGUGGGCAGAAGAAAACCCAGGGCAACGCAGUAUAUUCACACGUCAGUCAGCAUUUCUGGAAACUGUUUAUCUCUAAAUAGCGUGAAUUAGUAGGCCAACUUAUUUUCAGGGGGCAGUUGUAAUUAAAUAUCUUUUAAUUCCACCAUUUCCUUCACUUGCAAUUUUGUAGGCCUAUCACGCUUUUUAACUGCAGCACGGUCCUUAUCUCAGUCCCCAUCUCGUCAUCUCUGUUACCUGCCUGCUCGCCCACCUGCCAUGCGCUUGACUGACAGCUGAAUAACCGCACUGCCCGAUGAGGCGGCGCGCUCCGAGCGCAUCUGGUUUCGUCCUGUAUCCUCAGGCCCGCCAUGUGAUAGCCCGGGGUCCUGUUCCGUCUCUGAGUACGACGCCUCUUUCAAAAACAUUUCAUGGAAUGGCCCACUCUCCCUAAAAGGUAUAACUGGGAAGUGUGUGCUUGCAUUAGGCCUCUCCACAUUCUAAGCAUCGGUUUGAAUCUCUCUCUGAGACAUGCACUGGGCGACCUUACUGGUGUGUUUUGCGAUGCUGUCGUUGGACGACGUUCACUGUGCCCAGGGACACUAUGCCCAACAGCUACUGAAUGAUCUAAUGGAGAAUUAUUCUAACGCUCUGCGUCCUGUGGAGGAUAUGGACAAAACACUCAAUGUCACCCUGCAGAUUACACUGUCUCAGAUUAAAGACAUGGAUGAGCGGAACCAGGUGCUGAUCGCAUAUCUGUGGAUCAGGCAGACAUGGUAUGAUGCGUACCUGAAGUGGAAUAAGAACGAGUACGAUGGCCUGGAGGUUAUCCGCAUCCCCAGUAGUCUCGUGUGGAGGCCGGACCUAGUGCUGUAUAACAAAGCUGAUGAUGACCUCCCCGGCCCGGUGGACACUAAUGUGGUGUUGCGCUACACUGGUGAGAUCACGUGGGACGCUCCAGCCAUCACAAAGAGCUCAUGUGUGGUAGACGUGUCUUACUUCCCCUUUGACAGCCAGCACUGCAACCUCACCUUCGGAUCCUGGACCUACAAUGGCAACCAGGUGGACAUCACCAUGGCGAUGGACAGCGGGGACCUGUCGGACUUUGUGGAGAACGUGGAGUGGGAGUGCCGGGGCAUGCCAGCAGUGAAGAGCGUGGUGACGUACGGCUGCUGCUCGGACCCGUACCCAGACAUCACGUACACGCUGCUGCUGAAGCGCCGCUCCUCCUUCUACAUCUACAACCUGCUGCUGCCCUGCUUCCUCAUCUCCUUCCUGGCUCCGCUCGGCUUCUACCUGCCCGCCGACUCGGGCGAGAAGGUGUCGCUGGGCGUCACCGUGCUGCUGGCGCUCACCGUCUUCCAGUUGGUGGUGGCCGAGAGCAUGCCUCCGUCAGAGAGCGUGCCACUCAUUGGUAAGUACUACAUCACGACGAUGACGAUGGUAACAGCAUCCACCGCUCUCACCAUCUUCAUCAUGAACAUCCACUUCUGUGGCACCGAGGCCAAGCCCGUGCCUCACUGGGCCAAAGUCCUCAUCAUCGGCUACAUGAGCAGGGUCUUCUUCGUCUACGAGGUCGGCGAGAGCUGUGCCUCGUCCCCGGGCCAGAGUGAAGACGCGUACAGACUCCCCUCCCGGAACCGUCAGCGGACGGAGACCCGGCCACACCCGGGGCGGAGGGGACAGCGCCAGCCCCAGACAUACGGGAAGACGAGAGGCUCACAAGGGGCGGGGGACAGCCGGCCCCGUAGCCCUGACCGCCAGCCCCACGGCCCUGCCCACCAGCCUCAUAGCCCUGCCCACUGGCCCCAGUCAUUCCUCUGCUCUCAGACCCCCAGGAAGAGGGAGAGCGUCGACAAUGACAGAGGUCUGAAGAAGGCCGAGGAGCCCUGCUGUCCUGACGACAAGAAGCCACCUGCUGCGUCCGUGACCUCUGACUCCUGCGUGUUUUGCGGUCGUCCGAGUAGCGGCGGUAUCCUCAGAACGGUCAGCGGCGACCGGAAACUGGUUCGGAACAUUGAGUACAUUGCAAACUGCUUCCGAGAGCACAGGUCGACCUGCCUGAAGGUGGCAGAGUGGAAGAAGGUUGCCAAGGUGAUGGACAGAUUCUUCAUGUGGAUCUUCUUCGCCAUGGUCUUCCUCAUGAGUGUGCUCGUCACGGGCAGAUCGUCCUGACGACGUUUCUGCAUUUAUUUUUUUACCACACUCUUGUCAAUGCCAUGAGCAGUGGUGUGUAAACAUAUAGUUUGACAUAUACCAGAGUGACUGCUGUGUAAACAAAUACACUAAUUAUAAACUGUGCUCGGCCAAUCUCUCAUGCCAAGAAAUUAUAGACUAUUUAUCUAGGCAGUAAAACACUAUGUAACAUAUACAAUAAUGCAAAUAAACGUUAAUACAAGGUAAUAAAGUAAAAAUAA